AUGGCAGGGCCUACUAUGCCUGUGGUUCUUCUGCGAGCCUUUGUACUGCUUUUCGCACUCCUUGUCCCCAGCAUCAUCGCCUCGGAGCUCAACUUUCCACCCAAUGCCAAUCACAUCUUCAAUGCGAUUCAUUCCUCCAUGCGCCAGUGGGGGUCCUCGUUGCACCAUAAUGGUAUGUCCUUUUUCCUGGCCACCGUGCCGAAAGGAACCCAACUGUACCACGGAAAUUCCUCCCCCGGCCCAGUGAACGGAACGGAAUGGUUAGCCUUCGAGCCAGAGCAUGCUAUGGUCUUCGCAAGACCCCAUCAUGGCCCUCCUCCAGGCAAAGGUCCAUACAAGCGGUCCCAACUGCCGCUCAAGCCGGAACAUAUGGAAUCAGGAAAAGAUCAGGAUAGGGAUCAAGAUAAGCCAGGAUACCUCCAUACAUACACGGCCGCAAAGGACUUGCGACUACUGUACCUCGACGGAAUGUCGGCUGCCAAAACAGAAAAUGGAACACUCGACUCUCAGGAUCGGAUCCUGCUUCGCGAUGCACUCGAGGGUAGGCCCGGAAUGUUGGAAGAUGAACGGGCAGAACUUAUCUGCCGCAUGGCUCGGGACAACUACCAAGGCCGUCUGGACGGUGUCAUCCGUAUGGAGGCCGGGUUCGAGAUAAUCCUUUGUGAUUUCGCCAGGGACCUCGAUGAGAUUCGGGUCACUCAGGUGAAGCCGGAUAGAAAAGGCCCCGGCCCGCGUGGAGGCAAAGGCAAGAAGGGCCCCCUUUUUGGGGCAAUGCUCUGGUACAAAGCCAUCGCAGCACGGUACAAUGGAAUCGGGAGCAACAGGGUCAUCCUCAAUUAUGACCAUUUUGUGACGGCGUAUGUCUAUGGCUUGGAUUUGUUUCGUUCCUCGGGUAGUAAUAGUCACGUACUGCCCCGGUUGCAUCAUCUCUUUGCCGAUGAGCUGGGCCCGAUUCGGAGCGAUCUGGACCAUCUCAUCAUGAACCAUGAUCCUAGUGAGACCUCAUUUAACUGGCAGGGAGUUGCAGAUAUGGUAGUGCAACGAUACGCGCAUGAGCUGAGCUACCUGGUCUCUGGACAGCUAUCAACGCUGCAGGCACUUCACGAGGAAAUCGAGAACAGUCUCGGCCCCUUCAUCGACUAUGACGAUCGCAAUACAUCUCUGGAGGUCCACCGGUGCAGCAUGCAGUUUGUACCUGCAGGGGCUUCCUCAGAUGGGCUGGCCAGCGAUGCCGUUCGAUCCGUUACCCACAGUAUCUGUUCGGCGAUGAUCGAGGCCUGGAAGCAAACAGACUACGCCGCAGCGGUCGCCCAACUUCAGAGUCUAAUGGACUACUUGUCCUGGACCACAUGGAAGGAAUGUAAGGGAUGUGCCGACAACGAAAUUUGCGUGAUUCCCAUUUGGCCCAUGGGAACAGUCGAGGACUAUGAGCACCCGCAGUGUCGAGAUGCGUCGAGGCCGAGUGGAGAGGGACGACGCUACUGGGGUGAGCCUGGAGGUCCCGGAGGUCCCGGAGGGCCUGAAGGACCCCGACAGUCAAGCUGGCUACAGAGAAUGCUACACUACCUGCAGGCAAUGAUUCGAUAG